AUGUCGGACGAUCAUAAAACGGGCAAGGCGGACCGCCCGGUGACUCAGCAACUGGAACUGCGGCCGGGAGAUCGCUUAUCCUCGAGGACGGCGUCUCCGGUUCGGCUCUCCACGGAACUCGCCCUGAAGGUGCAGACGCAGCUGGGUCGGAUCUCUACUCUCAAGGCCAUCGCAGAAAUUCUCCCGGAGUCCCCUGCAGAGAUUUCUAUUGAAGAGGUAAAUCAGCUCUGGCUUCAAAUUGAGGAGACGCACAAGGCGUUUCUCAAGGAACACACCUACUUCGAGGUCUCAUGGCCCUCUGCGCUCACUCAUCACGAGCAUUUCUCGGGGAACGCUCAUCAGGAGAAAAUGCUGUGCCACAUGCAAGCGCGACGCAUCAUCGGCGUACUCCGCCACUCACUGACGGCUUCGUCCGCUCAAUCAACCUGUGCCGUGGCAGUGAUCAGCUCAUCCACCACUCAUCGCUCAGCGCGUCUACUCAUGGACGCAGGAUCCGAACUCACCUUCGUCACGGAGAAUCUCAUUCGGCAGUUCAACAUCCCUCGUCAAUACUCAGGUAUUGUCGUCAAUGGAAUUGCAGGUAAGGAGUGUAUUCGGACACGAGGAGUCGUGUCGCUCACGUUGCGCUCGACACAUUCCAACGCAACUGCCACAAUUCAAGCUCAUGUCCUCCGGACAGUUACAUCAAUCUUACCAUCUUUCGAGGCGGAACCGGAAGAAUGGCCGCAUCUCAGGACCUUGGCACUAGCCGAUCCAGACUUUCUCAUCCCGCGGCCAGUUGACAUCCUCAUCGGCGCAGAUGCAUACGGGCAAAUCAUCAAGCCCAAUAUCUUUAGGCAUUCUCCACUCAUGCCGAUAGCGCAACUCUCCAUUUUCGGAUGGCUCGUUCUUGGAUCAGUCAAUAGAGAAGCAACACGCACAUCAACGCAUCAUGCUGCUACUCAAUUCAACGAGGAUGCUCUUAAUGAGUUAUUGACGAAAUUUUGGAAUCAAGAGGAGGUGCCUACUCACGAUGUCACUCAGCUCACUCCUAACGAGCAGAGGUGCGAGAAGCACUUCAAUACUACACACUGUCGUGAUUCUUCAGAGAGGUACAUCGUCAGGAUUCUACUCAAUUCACCAGACGAUCUUUUGGGUGAUUCUUACAACGUCGCUCAUCAAUGUCUGAAGGGAUUACGCAGACGAUUCUCAAGGGAUGUGAAUUAUCAACGUCUCUAUCAACAAUUCAUGAUUGAUUACGAGACACUCAACCACAUGACGAAGGCAUCAUCCAUCCCCAGUCAUCGCUCACAUUUUCACCUGACACAUCACGGUGUUCUCAAGCCGGACAGUAUUACAACGAAACUGCGGGUGGUUCUUAAUGGCUCCAGCGCAUCCACAUCAGGCUACUCUGUCAACGACCUCAUGUACACUGGAGCAAAAUUACAUCUGAACAUCUCAGAGCUCAAUGAGGUGCCAUAUCAUUCAACAACGGUAACUUACGGGACGAAGAUCGUACCAUUCUCAGCCGUACGGACCUUGUUCCAAGUAGCAGAAGACGAAGGACAUAGUUUCCCACUGGCUGUGUCAGCUAUCACCCACGGCAGAUAUGUCGAUGACAUAUUUGGCGGUGCAGAUACCGUGCAACAAUUACAGGAGGUUGCACCUCAACUAAGGGACCUAUGCAUGGCGGGCGGCUUCCCACUGGCAAAAUGGCAUGCAACUCACCUCGACAUACUCAAGACAGUCACCGACAGCGAAGACCAAGGCUCACAAAUCACCUUCGACGAUUGCGCAACCAAGAUACUCGGACUCAAAUGGCUCCCUCAAGAAGAUACCUUUGCAUUCUCAACCCGAAGCUCUCGCUCGGAAGGCAGACUCACAAAACGCCUCGUCUUAUCUGAAGUGGCUCAGAUACUCGAUCCACUUGGUUUUGCAUCACCUGUCGUGAUCAAGGCCAAAAUCCUCUUGCAGGAGCUGUGGCUGCACAAGCUCCAAUGGGAUGAUCCACUGCCAUCCCAGCCCUCAGUGGCUCAUCAUCAGAGAAGAACUCACAAGCUUGGCCAAGCUCUCAAUACCACGGUGGCUCAACACGUGGAGCGACUCGCAAGUGGAACUUCAUGGAUUCUCUGA